AGCCAUUUUGCCUCAAGUUCUUGUGGACCGAGUGCGCAUUCCAGCAAGAAGUGUGUACUCCGUUGAUUCACUGGCCACUACUUUGAGUUACACAGUACAUGUCGCAGACGGUGAUCAUAUUAUUCGUUUGCGGCUUGUUCUUUUACUCCCGCGCUCUCCAUGUAGACUCAUCGCAGAAUCCGCGGCACUCUUACAAUUACGCGUGGCUUGAAAAUGAAAAGAAAGGCUUCCCUGGGAAGCCUGGCAGGCUUCCAGAUUCGCCGCCAUCUGCUGAAAACGUCUGCAAUCCAGAUAUGUUUGUUGGGUUUAAUGUUGAGCACAGCAGGUGCGGGUUUGGAUCCAAAGUGAACAAUUAUAUGAAUCAGCUUGCCGUCGCGGCGUACGGGAACUUCUCCGUGGCGCUGGUAGGCACGGCGCACUAUGAAAAGUUUUUGACGACUUGGAACAGCUUCUUUGAGAAUCCAAUCCCGGUGUGCACUUCUCCCAAAAAGUGGAAUAUUGAUUACCAAAAUCUGCUUUCGCGCACAGAGCGCGAGCUUGUCGUAGCGCUAUCAAAGGCAGACGAAAAGUACGUCGAGGAGGGCAAGCGUGCCAUAUAUAAGGCUCAUUACAAGUACAAGCCAGAAGCGAUUCAACACAUUGACAGCGUUUUGAAGAGUUAUGGCCUGCCCGAGAAGUACAUUGGAGUGCAAAUUCGCCACGGAGACAAAAACAUUUUCGAGGCGGACGCAAUUAAGACAGAAGAUUACGCAGCUGUUGUCAAUGACCUGAAGAUCAUGAGCGUGUCGUCGGCGGUGACACGCGCAAGAAGUGCUGCUCAACACAUCCUUGCAAUGAAGAACAACAGUGAUAUUAGGACUGUUUGGCUUGCCACCAUAGAUAAAGACGCAGAAACCACUCUGCGUGAUGCUCUUGGGCCGGAAUAUGAGAUCAAAGCUUUGAAACAGGCAACGACUGAUUGGAAUGGCAACGCCGAUAUGUUGUAUUAUCCUGGAUCCCAGUACGUGUAUGAUGUACUUACAGAUGUUGAAGCCUUGCGACGCUCGCACACUUUCAUUGGUACAGCCUCGAGCAACAUUGCCCGCUGGGUUCAUUUCUUGCGCGAGCCAGGCAGCAAGUCGAUCAGCCUUGAUGAGCACUUUCUUGAAAGGGCGGCUUAGUCGCGUACAGAAGAUCCAGCCGUAUCUACACAGUACAUGAUGCUUUUUGUUUUGGAGAGCGUGACAACAAAUCCGCAAGAGGCUCCCAGGAAGCCUCAGGAGUCCCCUAAGAGGCCCC